UGAUAUCUAUAUCGAGUCUUGUUUCUAUUUCUUUUCUAUUCUAUUUCUCUUCUUUUGGUCUUCGAGUAGCGUUACCGUUUUCUUCAGUAUGGCUGCGCCACCUCGAAAUGCCUGUUUCAACUGUGGUCAACUGGGUCAUUGGUCUCGGGAGUGUCCACACCCGAGGACGGCGUAUCAGAGGCCUCUCGUGGCGACGGGGGCAAAUGUGGAGCCUAUUUUGGCAUUGCCGGCUCCGGGCUUGCAACCUCCUGCCGUGGCUCCUCCAGCUGCUGUCAAUACGUAUGUUGCGCAGCCUCGUUCUGGAUGGUGGAAUCGUAAUCAACAGAUUCUUGAUAAGUGCAAUGCUUUUGUCAGCAAUGCUGAGCAAAAAGAGAGGGACGAGCAGGCCGCGGAGGAGCGGCUGAAGCAUCAGCGGGAAAAGGAGGAGGAGGCGGCCUGAAAACCAAAUGGGGCAACGAUUGGAGAAUAGGUUGGCUCCUAUGUAUGACGCCAUCAUGGGGAAGGGUGUCAGCAAAGCCAGUAGUAGUUCAGUUGAGGAGGAGGUUAGUCGUCUUCGACGUGAGAACGAAGAACUGCGCACCAAGUAUGGAAUUACGGAGCAGUUGCCAACAACAAAUCUUGUGGACCGUU